AUGAAUAAUAAUAAAAAUGCUAACAAUGGAAAAGAAGUGGGCGGGGCUAAAACAAGUUUGACAAACAUACAAGCAAAUAUUCAAAAUACAACAAACAUUCCAACAAACAUCCAAACAAACAUCUCUACAAACAUUCAAACAAACAUCUCUACAAACAUCCAAACAUCAAAAACAUUUCCAACUUUGUCAACAACAACAACAACUUUUCCUCAAACAUUCCCUUCAAUCCCAGUUAUCCAACAAACAACAAACACACAAACAUUACCAACUUGUUUAGAUUAUCAAAAACAUGAGCAACAACAAGAAAUACAACAAGUCAAACACGAAUUGUUUGGUUCAGAUAGAAAUGUUGUUAACAACAACAACAUAACUUCUCUAACUUCAAUAGACUACAACACAACAUUGGUUAGACAUACAGACCCCUCCUCUUCUCAAACAAACACUCAAACACCUGUAAUUAUACGUUGCCCUACAAAUGAUAAUAAUGAUAACAAUAUUUAUUCUAAUCAAUUAAAUUCUUUUGAUUAUUUUAAUCAUCAAUGGAUGCCCCAUAUAGGGAUUUGCCCUUCUAUGGUAGAAAUGACUGGUGAAAACAUCGAAAAUAGUAAUGGGGCUAUUAGAGUCCUGCAACAGCAACAAAUACCUCAACAUGCUAUAGAAGCAAUCCAGGCAACUUUAAAUAUAUUUUUUUUAAUCAAAAUAAUUAAAAAAAUUUUAAAGUCUUCCCCUCCUUAUUGGUGGUUAGAUCCCCAACAACAAAUGGCAACGGCAGCAGUCUCUCAUCCUCAUCAACCUUUUCUUUUUGCAACGGAAUGGGCAACUAAUCCAAGUUGUAGCAACAACGACCCUGCCUAUCAGGCAGCUGUUUCUGCCUAUCAAGCAGCGGCGCAACUAAUUUCUAAUCCAAACGAUUUAGAAAAUCCGUACCAAUCGGCCUUUGGGGGAAUUAAUAUUCUACAACAACCCCCAACUUUAAUUAGCCAAUUCCCCUUUUCUAAUGAAGAACAAUUACAACAAUGGGCUGGUGGUUUACAAUUUAAUAAUAAUUUUCCUUUUGUUGGGCAAGGCGUUAUUUCUAGUUAUAAUAAUAAUGUGUCAGACAAUAUACAACUGUCUAGAACAAAUACAGAACUUAAUGAAACACAACCUUAUACUCAACAACAACAACAUCAAUUACCAACACAAAUAAUAGCUCCACCUCACCUUUCUUCUUCUUCCUCCCCUUCUCCAUUUCUCACAACUACACCCUCAACUGUGAUCGUAGAACGUAACGAAGCUUUAAAAUUGCAACAAGCAAUAAUUAAAAGUUCUUCCUCCAAUCCUUCCUCUAUUAAUUCCUCAACAUUUGUGUCAACUUAUUCAAAUACCCCAACAAUUACUGUCGAGACAUCCAGCCAGUUUGGACUUCAACCAAUAACGGGUGAGAGACUAUUAAAUCAUCUUUUUCCCACCACAUUUUCUUGGGGGAUAGAGGGCUGGAAAAAAGUGAGGGAAAUGUUUGCCCUUUACAUAAUAAAACAAGUUUUAAAAAACUUGUGUUAUUUAAAUAAACUUUAA